AUGGUCUUCUCCAGCUGGUCGAGUUCCGUCCCUUUUCUGAAGUGGCCAGCUGAGCUGUUUUCAAACGUGCUGCAGUGCUUUCCUACGACACGGACUUCACGCCGCGAGUCCGGUUGGUUUGGGGCAGACUUGGGUGAUGCUAAGCGAGAGAAUAGCAUUAUGGAUGACCUGGAAUUUGUCCGAGUUUGGUUCACUGAUACCAAGUUAUCCCCAGAGGCUGCCGUUUGGCACCACGCCUUAGACGAUGUCGUCAAACUCAUCGUGCCUCUCCCGUGCCAAGGUGGAUACAUAAAAUACAAAAAGCUAGCAGACAUUGCUGUGGACAAGGAUGGUGUCGAAAGGGUUCGCCGUCGAUACGAAGCUGUGAGGUCUCUGCCGCUAGGCAGCGAAGACCCAAUGGUGGUCGCUCAGAAACCAAGAGACUUAACUCUCAAAAGAGUCGAGGCUUGCAAGCAGCUACUUGACGCCUACCAUGGUCGUCUAGCGGAAAACGACUUCGACGACCAAGGCCGCACCUGGCUUGAACGACGGCUCCAGUGGAUAGUCAAAGAACUGGAUACCCUUCAAAAUAGCGUCCAGACCGUGCGAAUAUGGUAUCCCAUUUGCCGGCGACCCCUGAUGCGAGAUGCCGAAAUCAAGGGCAUAGGAGACGUGAUCCUAGCAGAGGUUCACCUGGAAGAUCCUAGCAACGUGUAUGCUCCAGUGUAUUCAAAUCGUCGCCCAGCUGGGGCUAUGUUAGUCGACUUGGCCGUUCUGCCGGAACACGCUGCGACUGUUCGCUCCAAAUAUUUGCCAGUGAAAAACUUUGCUCCCUUUAGCGGCGACGAUCCUUUGGUCUACUUAGAUCCAGGUGACGAUACCGACCUGAAGAGAGCUCUAGCUUUCAGAAAAAUCAUUUCACGAUAUGAUAGAGCACGGAGAAUCCGACAGUCCCGUGGUCAAAUACCGGGACCUGAGAAUGAGCUUAUCAGCAACUGGUUCAGUAAGUGCAUGACGGAGCUUGAAGGCCGUAUUAAAGCAAUCCAUGGUUACGAGACCAUACGUGUAUGGUGUUCCAGUCACCAAAAGCAUCCCAUGGCCAGUGUUCGAUCGAAAGGCCUUCACGAUGUGGUCAGAGCAGCAGUGCCUCUUCAAGAUCCCAACUACCGACGGGUCGCCGAUGAUAAGACAGUCCAUCCAGAAGGCGCCAUCCUCGUAGAACUAGCUGUCCAUGAGGAAGGUGUCCGCAGGGUUGUCCGCCAGUACGGACCUCCCGGCUUUUUCCCCAUGAGCGAUGAUGAUCCUGUGGUUCUCUCCCAACCCGGCAAAACAAUGGAAGACAAGCGGAUUGCCGCCUAUGCGGAUUUAUUGGGGAGGUAUUCUCGUUAUCUUCGUGAAGAACGCCUUGGCCCUAUGGCCAAAGUCUGGGUUGCUGAAAGGCUAGCUGGAAUUGAGAAUGAACUGUCGGUCAUUCAUCCGAAUCGCCUAGAGACCAUACGAAUUCGCUGUCCGAGAUACCAAAGCCACCCUUGGGAGAUUAUUCAAAAGCUAGACCUUGGAGAUGUUGUCAGAGAAGUAGUCCCUCUCGAAGACCGAUUAAUCUCUCAAGAGUCGAUUCAAGUCGACCUUGCCGUUGAGCCCAGCGGUAUCUCAAGGGUUGGCCAGCUCUGUGAGUUGGUUAAAUUCCAGAGAUUGAGUGAAGACGACCCGAUAAUCCAGAUGCAACCGGAUGGUGACCCCCACAUGAGAAAAUUCAACGGAUACAAUCACGUUCUUCGGCAGUUUAAAGAGGCACGUGCAUUGAGACAGAUUGACGGGGCUUUGAUGUUUUGGUAUGAGAAAGAAAUUAUGGACCUUGAGAGUCGCAUCAGAAGACUUGGGUAUGUCUAG